CGGAACCCGCAAACAAUAAUCAAAUUUAAAUGUGGAAUUUGAAAUUUUUUCUAGAUUACAGAUUUUAUUAGACAUACCAUGUCGAGUUUCUGGGAUCGUCCAGGUGCACAAAUGCAGUAUGUGGCCGCAGCCAGCGCACAUUUAGGCGUGUUUAGCUUAGGAGCCACCAUAGGCUGGACAGCGCCAGCGCAACAAUAUAUAACAAGAGGAUACUAUGGAUUUAACGUCACAUUGAUGAAUUAUGGCUGGAUUUGUGGCAUGCUGCAGUUGGGCUGCUGCUUGGUGGCCGUGCCCGCAGGAUAUAUGGCAACUCGCUGGGGCUGCAAGUCUGUAAUGCUGUUGUUUGUGGUGCCUAAUCUGGGCGCUUGGGCGCUAUUGAUUUUUGCACCGAAUCUGGAGUUGCUGAUGCUGUCGCGCUUUCUGCUGGGAGUAUGUGGUGGCAGCUAUUUAGUUACGUCAACCAUGUACGCUGCCGAAAUAGCGCAGCUGGAAGCACGACGUGCGUUGGGCGCCUUUUUAGAGUUGUUCAUGGUGCUAGGCAUACUAUUUGCCUACGGGGCCGGCGCCUUUGGCCAAUACAAAAUACUCAAUUAUGCCUGCGCUGCAUUACCCAUAGCCUUAAUCAUUGCAUUUGCUUGGCUACCGGCAUCGCCAGUGUAUUAUCUGCGCCGCAGUAAAAUAGAAAAGGCUACAAGUGCUUUGAUACGUCUGCGCUCCGGUCAGUUGAACAGCUCGGGUGAGCUCAAUAGAAUGCAGGAAGAGCUGGCGGAAAUGCGGGAGUCACAGCAGUUCAAGAGCAAGCGCAAGCCAUUGCUGUUGAUCAUAGGUAUUAUGCUAUUUAAGAAUAUAACAGGCCGGCAGGCUAUCAUUUCCUACUCCACCUAUGUGUUUGAGAGCUUGCACCUGAAGAGCACAUUUCCCCUGGAUCUAUACUCAAUUGCAAUGGGCUUGUGUUUGCUGCUGUCAGCGCUGUUGACCUUUCCCGUCGUAAAGUGGGUCAAGCGUCGCUCGCUGUUCAUUUUCUCCAUGUUCUCGCUGAUUUUCAAUGCCGCCUUUGUGGGCGUUUAUUUUCAUUUACGUGAGGAUCGGAAUGAACGCAUUGGCGAUAGUUUGUCUUGGAUUAGCUUGGCCUGCCUCUACUGCCUGAUGUUCUUCAUGGGCUUGGGGUGUGGUAAUCUACCAUAUCUGGUUAUGGAUGAGUUGCUGGCGCAGCCCUUCAAAAGCGUCUACCAUUGGAUUGUGUUCACAUGCAGCUCAUUCUUUGGAUUCGCUAGCAUCCUAUCAUUUCCUGCUAGCGUCGUGUAUUGCACGAUAGAGGGCGCUUUCUGGUUUUUCAUGUGCUGUGCUUUUAUAGCAGUGUUCUAUUUGUUCUGCCUGGUGCCAGAGACGCGACCCGUGGAGGAAGGCGCAGAACCAGCGGAGCCUAAGCCAGUGCUGACUGUAAGAAGAUCAAAAUUUAACUUCAGAUGGAAGUGUUGAAAGUAACAAACAUUUAGCGUUGUCUGUCAUUAAACAAAGCUUGAGCUA